GUGGUCGGAAAAAUACGUGGGUAAUUUAUAUUUUUUUGAAAUGGUCAAAGUGUUGAUUGCAUGUUUGAUGUGUUUGUUCAAUAACUGGUGUCUUGCUGAAAAUUUCCGAUUGAAAAAUUCACUGCAGGCGACUAUUUUACCGGAUAUUAUUGACACUGUUAAUUUGACCACCGGUUUGAGUAAUAUUGGAUUUGUAAAAACUGGUGACCGAAUUUUUCCAUGGGAAAAUAAAUAUAAUAGACAAGGACGAUAUCUAUGCAAAAAGAAAAAAAAGAAAAAGUGGAAGAAGCACAGCAAAUAUAUAAUACCGCUGAUAGUCGGAUGGUUGUUGAUAAAGUCUAUUUUACUGCCGAUCGCCUUGAAAGCUCUGGCACUAUUGAGCGGGAAAGCUGUGGUCCUGAGCCUUAUGAGCUUGAUAUUGGCCGCUAUUAUGGGAUUGAGAAGACUUGCGCAAGGUGGAUUACUGCCGAUGGCUUUGGGAUUUAGCGCUGGACCAAGUGCAUAUGCUAAAUAUAACCGACAAGAUUAUUUGGAGCACGAAAAUCAGUCCGACUUGGGCGACUCAUAUGAUUAUUAUCAGGACAGACGUCCACCCAACUGAUAAAUUAAUUAUUACUUUUUUUUUAUUUUAUUUAUUAUAUUUAUUCACCAGUGGACCAAAAAUAAGUCACUUAUAUUUUAUAAAUUUAAAUAAAAAAUUAUGAUACUGAAGUCAGCAGACAAUUAAAAUUUUUUGAACUUUUUUUUUAAUAAUUAAAUUUGAAGAAAAAAAAAAACUAAAAAAAUGCACAUGUAGAAAAUUUAAAAAACUACAGGUGCAAUUUUUUUUCUUAUAAUUUAUCGUUUUUUAAAAAAUCCAAAAAUUAUUAGACGUCGGCUAAUUUCAGUAUCAUAAAAAAUUGCAGUUUUUUUAUUUAAGUCAAAAUUUUGAACUUUGAAUUUUUACUUUUUUGGCUCUGAUCUAUACAGAUCUAGAAAUCUAUACAAGGAUUCGGAUCGAAGUGUUUGAGGGAACAAUGAAAUGGAAAAAAAAAAAAUUCAUAGAAAUGUUUGAAUGGAAAAAAAAAAGUUUAAAUUGAGGUCUUAGAAUGCAAUACAAAGCAUACAAGAGAAUAUAUGAGGUAUACAAAAUAAUGUCAGCAAGCGAUCAUAAAAUGCGAUAGAAUCUGGAUACAGAACUAUGGAACUCUGAGCUGGAGUUUUAAUUUGAAUAAAACUUUCCCGACGUAUCAAUCACUGAUACGAGAUGGAGAUAAAAUUUUAUCACUCAUAAAAAAUUUAUAUACAUAUACAUAUACAUAUUUUUCUUUUUUUUUGUCAAGACAAAAGAGUGAGGAAAUAAAACUUAAAUUAUUUUUCGUUUGAUGAGUUUGAAGACCAACUUAAA